UAAACAUUCGCUGGGGAGUUUCGACUUUCGUCUGGGACGUUUGGCGGAGACCCAGAGGCACCAAAAGGCCGUGAAUCUCCCGCAACUCUGCGCCUGAAAUCUAGAGCUGAAACCAUGGACUUCCUACAGACACCGGAAAAUCAGAUGCUCGUGGGCGUCGCCGUGGCCUUUGUGGCCAUUGCUCUCGGUGCUUUCUACCUCUUGUCGUCCAAGAAGGCCAAAGGCUGCUUAAACCCUGACGUUUUUAAGGGGUUUAAACUUGUGAAGCGCACUCAGCUGAGCCAUAAUGUGGCAAAGUUCACAUUUGAACUUCCAACUCCUACUUCAGUUUUGGGUCUUCCAAUAGGACAACAUAUAAGUUGCAGGGGCAAGGAUAGUCAAGGUGAAGAAGUUAUCAAACCAUAUACACCUACUACGCUGGAUUCUGAUGUUGGAUAUUUUGAGCUAGUCAUAAAGAUGUACCCUCUAGGGAGGAUGUCUCACCAUUUCCGUGAGAUGCGUGUUGGUGACUAUCUUGCUGUUAAAGGACCCAAGGGACGCUUCAAGUAUCGAGUUGGUGAUGUUAGAGCAUUUGGGAUGAUUGCUGGAGGGUCUGGAAUCACACCAAUGUUCCAAGUUGCUAGAGCCAUACUAGAAAACCCAAAAGACAGGACAAAGGUGCAUCUUAUCUAUGCCAAUGUUACAUAUGAGGACAUUCUUUUGAAGGAAGAAUUGGAUGGACUUGCUUCUGAGCAUCCAGAUCGCUUUAAAGUAUACUAUGUCUUAAAUCAGCCUCCUGAAGCAUGGGAUGGCGGUGUUGGAUUUGUGUCAAAAGAAAUGAUUCAAGCGCAAUGCCCUGCUCCAGCCAAUGACAUCAAGAUUUUGAGGUGUGGACCACCGCCCAUGAACAAGGCCAUGGCUGCUCACCUGGAUGCCAUUGGAUAUUCCCCCGAGAUGCAGUUCCAGUUCUGAUUGAUUUCAUCACCUGAACGCUUUCCCGUUGCUGAGUGUUGAAAAUAUGAAAUAACUGCGUUUAAUCCGAUUAUGAGGGUGAGACAUUGCCUCCCAUGUUUCAGGCAUUAUGAAUAUUCACAUACUUUCACAUGCAAAAUAAUUUUGCAUGUGUCGCCCAUUAUCUAAAAUAAUAUAUCCAAAAUGGAAAGAACGCUUUCUAGCUGA